AUGGCAUCUUUCAGAGGUACUUCAAGCCCCUCAUCAUCUGCCAGUACUGCCAGUACUUCCAACUCUUCAUCACUGGCCAAAACUGAUCUUCAAACUGAAGAAGAAGAGGACUCUGAUUCAGGGUUUGGAAUAUUCGCUAAAAAGGACUUCAAGCAAGGUGACUUUCUUCUGGAAUUAGAGUAUGUUGGUGAUGUAAUAAAUACCCAAGAAGCUGAGAAAAGAAGCAAGAUAUAUUCCCGUGAACCAAAGUCAACACCAAGAUGCUAUAUGUAUUACUUUUACUACAAGGGAGAGGAACGCUGCAUCGAUGCUACAAAAGAAACACAGAGACUGGCGAAAUUUGUCAAUGAUGCUUCAAUGAAAGAUCCGAAGUGCAACGCAAAAAUGAAAUUAAUUGUGUGUGAGGGCUAUCCAAGAUUGUGUCUUUUUUCAAUCAAAGACAUUAAAUGCGGCGAGGAAAUUCGUUAUGAUUAUGGAGAGGACGAAAAUCUUUUGUUUUGGAGGACAAAGCUGAAUAUACGCAAAUUCCAGAAAUAUUUUGUGAGCGUCAUGGAUAUUCCAAUGGAUGAGUUUAUUCACAAACAAUCGGAAAUUGAAUCGUCGUCUGUUAUGUUGCUAUAA